AUGGGCGACCGGGAGGAGGAGGAGACAGCAAAGGCGGAAGACGCAGCCAUAGAGGAAGAUGAGGUCGACCCUCUGGAUGCCUUCAUGGUCGAAGUCACAGCAGAGGUGCAGCAGCUGGAGAAGAAGGAGCAGAAACGGGAUGCUAAAGUUAACAAAGGCUCUGGUAAAUCGAAAGGAGCAGAUGCUCCUGCAGCGGAGGUGGCUGGUAACGACGAUGGUGAAGACGAGGAGAUGGAGGGGUCGUCAGAAGAGGAGGAUAUUCUCGCUAUGGCAGCCAAGAGGAUAAAGAAGAAGGACAUACCGGCAGUGGACCAUUCCAAGAUCCAGUACGAGUACUUCAGGAAGGACUUUUACCUGGAACCCCCCGAGAUGUCGGAAAUGUCUCCUGAGGAGGUGCAUAGUAUGAGAUUGGAACUCGAUGGCAUCAAGAUCCGAGGUGCAGAUUGUCCCAAACCUAUUAGGAAAUGGACCCAAGCUGGACUUCCUCCAGGAUGUAUGCAAGUGAUCAAGGACAAACUCAACUAUACUGCGCCUACGUCAAUUCAAUGUCAGGCAAUUCCGGCCAUUAUGAGUGGGCGUGAUGUGAUUGCGGUUGCCAAGACCGGCUCAGGAAAGACGAUUGCAUUUAUCCUGCCCAUGCUCCGUCAUAUCAAAGAUCAAAGACCGCUCGAAAACAUGGAGGGACCAAUCGCUAUCAUCAUGACACCCACGCGCGAGCUGGCAGUUCAGAUCCACAAGGAGUGUAAAAACUUUUUGAAGGUAUUGAACUUGCGAGCAGUCUGUGCCUAUGGUGGCUCGCCCAUCAAGGACCAGAUUGCAGAAUUGAAGCGUGGAGCCGAGAUUGUCGUCUGUACGCCUGGCAGAUUGAUUGACUUGUUGUGUGCUAACUCGGGCAGGGUGACCAAUCUGAGGAGGACGACGUUCCUGGUUCUUGAUGAGGCCGAUCGUAUGUUUGAUAUGGGAUUCGAACCACAGGUCAUGAAAAUCGUCCAGAACGUCAGGCCUCAGAGACAGGUUGUUCUCUUCUCAGCAACAUUCCCCAAGCAGAUGGAGGCGCUUGCCCGUAAACUGUUGAAGCGCCCGCUCGAGAUUACAGUUGGCGCACGCUCUGUCGUCGCAGAGGAUGUCACGCAAGUGGUGGAGGUUCGCGAGGACGAUACGCGAUUCAACCGACUACUCGAGAUUCUAGGCCAAGCGUACAAUGAUGAUCCAGAGGCGAGAGUUUUGAUUUUUGUCAGUCGACAAGAAGCAGCAGACAACUUACUGAGGGAUCUGAUGCGUCGUGGCUAUGUUAGCAUGUCCAUCCAUGGUGGCAAGGAUCAAGUAGACCGCGAUAGCGCCAUUGCAGACUUCAAGUCGGGCGUUUGUCAGAUCCUAAUUGCUACAUCCGUCGCUGCCCGUGGUUUGGAUGUCAAGAAGCUGGGAAUUAUUAUCAAUUACGAAUGCCCCAACCAUAUGGAGGACUAUGUCCAUCGCGUGGGACGGACAGGUCGUGCGGGCAAUAAAGGCAUUGCCUAUACGUUCAUCACGCCUGAGCAAGAAAGGUUUGCACCGGAUAUUGCCAAGGCAUUGACAAACAGCUCGACACCGGUGCCACCCGAGCUACAGGUACUCGUUGAUUCGUUCCACGAGAAAAUCAAAUCUGGAGAUGCUAAGCAAACCGCCUCUGGAUUUGGCGGCAAGGGUCUGGAGAAGUUUGAGAAGGAAAGAGACAAGGUCCUGGCGAUCCAGAAGAAGACAUACGGUGCUGAUGAUGAGGAAGAUGGAUCAGACGGCGAAGGUGGUGAAGGCAAAGAACUGGUCUUGGAGGUCAAGCAAGUCCAGCCGGGCAUUACAGCUGGCAAAGCUGCUGCUGCUGCUGGCGCUGCUGCAGCGGCCGAUGAUACCAAUGAUGCCAAGUCGAAUGGUGCAGCGGCUGGAAGCGGUGCCGGCAAGGCUGCGCCCAGCGAUGCCUCAGAAGGUAAGCUUGUGCGCUUUGCGUCAACAAUCGGUGGUCCUGGUGGUCAUCGUGACAGCGGUUUUGCGCUAGAGAUCGAGAUUAACGACUACCCACCGAAGGCGCGUCUGAUGGUGACACAGAAGAUGAUGAUUAACCAGAUCUCGGACCACUCUGGAGCAGCCAUUACGACGCGAGGCGUGUUUGUGGAGGAGGGCAAGCAACCCCCGCCAGGCGAGCGCAAGCUUUACUUGUUUGUGGAGGGAGAUUCUCAGCUGGUGAUCGACAAGGCCAAGAACGAGAUCAAGCGUAUCCUGCAGGAAGAGACCAUGCGUGCGGUCGAGGCGACGAACCGCGGAGGUGGAGGUGGUAUGGGCCGAGGAGGAGGAGGGCGUUUCCAGAUCGUUUAG